CCGAAUUUUGUAGAACAAAGGCCGAGCAAAGGGUCGGAGUUGACACUACAGAUGGGAAAGGAGAGGUGCAGAGCCUAACCCAGCAGGCGAGCGCGCCGGGAAGUGGGGAGAGCGCGAUCCCAGCACCAGCAACAGUGGUUCUGCUCGUUCUGCGUGCUCCAGAGGAGCCAUGCUCGCACUCCGAAGCGGCCUGAGGAAGGUGCUGGCUCCGUGGGCGCUGGCGCCUCAGGUGUGCUCAUCUUUUGCUACUGGCCGCAGACAAACUGAAGGAACAUUCUAUGAGUUUUGUACUUAUUAUCUUAAACCUUCAAAGAUGAAAGAGUUCAUGAAAAAUUUUAAGAAAAAUGUUCAUCUUCGGACAGCUCACUCGGAAUUGGUUGGAUAUUGGAGUGUAGAACUUGGAGGCAGAAUAAACAGAGUAUUCCAUAUUUGGAAGUAUGAUAAUUUUGCUCAUCGAACUGCAGUUUUCAAAGCCUUGGCCAGUGAUCCAGAAUGGCAUGAACGAUUCCUCAUUCCAAAUUUGGCUUCCAUUGAUAAACAAGAGAGUGAAAUUGUCUAUCUGGUACCAUGGUGCAAAAUGGGAACGCCUCCCAAGGAAGGAGUCUAUGAACUUGCUACUUUUCUUAUGAAACCUGGUGGCCCAGCUCUAUGGGGUGACCCAUUUGAAAGAGCAAUAACUGCCCAUGCCAAACAAGGCUACACUGAACUAAUUGGUGUGUUUCAUACAGAAUAUGGAAAACUCAACAGAGUCCAUGUUCUGUGGUGGUGCGAGAACGCGGACAGUCGAGCAGCUGGGAGACAUCGGUCUCACGAGGAUCCCAGAGUCGUGGCUGCUGUUCGGGAAAGUGUCAAUUACCUAGAUAUACAGCAGAAUAUGCUCCUAAUUCCUGAGUCGUUUUCACCGUUGAAAUAGUUUUCUACCGACGGUUUCAGUACCUGAUGUGAUGUGUGCCAGUAGACGGUGUUUCAAUUCUCUCAACUGAAUUUCUACUUUUUAUUUGAAGGAAGUGAAUAGUCUUCUGUAGGACAACCCCUUGUUCAAAUGAGAUCACAUUUCCAAGCUUGUAACCAUAUUUUUAAAUUAUUAAUAAAUAUGUGAACCUUGUAAA